UUGACAACGGCGCAAACAUCCAGUACCCCGCCAUCGCCUCCAGACACUCACUCACUCCCACAUCAAGUCCGAGAACCCGAGAACACUAGAACGACAGAUCAACUCAACAAACCGUCUUACACCAAAUAUCAAACCUUUUGACCCCCGCCACUCCGUCGACAACUCGACCAUCGUUGCUCAACAUGGCUUCCAAUAACCCUGACUCGAGCGCAACCCAGUCUGCCAUCUCGGAAGACCCCAAGACGGACGUCAACGCCGCCGUCGAGGAGCUCCUGAACACCAUCUCCAACAAAUUCGCUGGAGUGUCAAGUGAGAUUUUCGCCAAGAUGGAUGAGAUGUCCCGCCGCCUGGACAACCUGGAGGCGGCUCUGUUGGCCAACAAGGAGAAGGAGGGUGGCCCGUCCAAGUCAUCGUAGCGAGUGUAGGACAAUCACGAGGGUUGCGAGGCAGCAUGCUAUCGGCGUUUAGGAUUCACAUAAAGACGUCAAAAGAGCUGAAUGUGACGGCCGGUUUCAUGAGCAAACUUGAUUUAUGCUUGUUAUUGUUAUUUCGUCGUCGUCGGUACCCUAGACCACCAAAUCAUCAACUGGAGCGAAACCCGCUCAGUUGCAUUGUGCUUGCUUUUUCAACUCAUAAGCCUCUCGACACC